CAAUCAGCGAUCGCGUGGCUUUUUUGUAGCAUCCCGUUCCUGGCGAUGGCGGACGACAGCGCGUGCACCAACUCGUCCGCGUACAAGUUUGGCGUCUUGGCCGCGGACGAGCUCCCAGCUCUGCGCGCGCACCUGCUAGCGCAGGCAGCUGCCAUUUCGCCGAGCCUCUUUGGCACCAUCUUGCUCACGCAAGAGGGCCUCAACAUCCGCCUGAGCGGCCCGACGCUGGCUGUGCAUGCGAUGCAAGCCGUCUUGAGUGCGCUGCACCCCAACAUUGGCACGAUUGUCUUCAAGGACUCGCUGAGUGCGGCGCCAACGCUGCGCAAGUUCCUCGUGCGCAUCAAGAAGGAAGUCAUCUCGAUGGGUAUGCCCAGUAUCAACCCGGCGCGCGACGGGCUCGCGACGCACAUUUCGCCGGUCGAGUUCAAAGCCUGGAUGGACCAGAAGAAGGAUAUGGUCAUUCUCGAUACGCGGAACGACUAUGAGGUGCGGCUUGGCACGUUCGACGAUGCGAUCGACCUCGACAUCAAGAGCCUUCGCGCCUUUCCUACCGUGGCCAAAGCCAAGCUCGAGACUAUUCCCAAGGAAAAGCCAAUUGUGAUGUUUUGCACGGGCGGCGUGCGCUGCGAGAAGGCCUCGUACGCUCUCCUCGCAGAUGGUCACACGAACGUGUACCAGCUCGACGGCGGCAUCCUCAAGUACUUUGAAGACUGCGGCGGCGCGCACUACAACGGCGACUGCUACAUCUACGACGACCGGGUCGCGCUCACGCCGGCGCUUACCAAGGCCACCGACAUUGCCAUGUGCUUUGUGUGCCGGAGUCCGCUCACGGCGGCCGAGCAAGCGUCCUCGGACUUUCGUCACGGCGUGAGCUGUCCGUACUGCGUCGGUGGCAAGCGCUCGGACUUUCGGUCGCAAUCAUAAUGCAAACGCUUCUUACAAGUUGAAGCGACAAAGCCGCGUGUUGCUAGUUC